AUGCCCCUCUCUGCUCAUGGAUUUGACUCAAAGGAGGUACACUCCAAGAUCCAGCUUCUCAUUGAUGGACUCGUCAACAUCAAGGACGAGACGGGGGAGUUCCUCAUGACUCUCGCGGAUGGCCGCGUGAUAGACACUAAAGGAUGGAAUGACUGGGAGUGGACGCAUGGCGUUGGACUCUACGGCAUAUGGCACUACUACCAAACGACGGGUGAUGCCAAGUAUCUCCAGAUCAUUGAAGAUUGGUUCCGGAAUCGAUUUGCCGCAGGUGGUACGACGAAGAACAUCAACACCAUGGCAGCUAUGCUCGCCUUGGCUUACGUGUACGAGAAAACAAGGAAUCCGACGUACCUCCUCUGGCUCGACAGCUGGGCAGAGUGGGCGUACCAUGACUUGGAGCGAACAAAAUUUGGAGGCAUGCAGCACAUUACAUAUUUGGAGGAAAAUGACCAACAGUUGUGGGAUGACACGCUUAUGAUGACUGUGCUGCCCUUGGCCAAGAUUGGGCUUGUUCUGGACCGGCCUCACUACGUUAAGGAAGCCAAGUACCAGUUCUUGCUGCAUAUCCAGUACCUGUUUGACUCUAAGACGGGCCUUUUCUUCCAUGGCUGGUGUUUCAAGGACGGUGGCCACAACUUUGCCUCGGCAAGAUGGGCACGUGGAAAUAGCUGGCUCACUAUUGUGAUUCCAGAAAUUAUUGAGCUGCUGGAUCUGGCUUCUGACGAUCCGCUUUGCCUUUAUCUCAAAUCGACGUUGGCUGCCCAAUGCGAAGCGUUGAAGGCUUUCCAGUCACCUGGCGGGCUUUGGCGGACUCUGCUAGAUGUCCCAGAAGAGGAGGGUUCCUACCUGGAAUCCAGUGCAACGGCCGGCUUUGCGUUUGGGUUACUUAAGGGACAGCGAAAACACUACCUUGAGAAAGAAUAUCAAGACGUCGCGUUCAAGGCAAUCCAAGGUGUUUUAGAUAACAUCGACAACAAAGGCCAGUUACUAAACACGUCCUUCGGAACAGGAAUGGGAUCAGACUUGGAAUUUUAUAAGAAGAUUCCUAUCACCCCGAUGCCAUAUGGGCAAGCAAUGGCCAUCUUAGCUUUAGUUGAGCUCCUGAAGAUUUUUAUAUAG